AUGAUGGAAGACCAGACACCACAAACCGCACAAACCGAAGCGCCGGCAACGGCGGCCACGCCGACCCCGUCGGCGCUGCCGCGCGACGAACUGGCGCGCAUGACCGACGAUAUCGUCGCCGCGCUGAAGACGGUCUACGAUCCGGAGAUUCCGGCCGACAUCUACGAACUCGGCCUGAUCUACCGCGUCGACAUCGAGGACGACCGGACGGUCAAGGUGGAAAUGACCCUGACGGCGCCGGGCUGCCCGGUGGCCGGCGAGAUGCCGGGCUGGGUCGAAAACGCAGUACGCACCGUCGAGGGCGUCAUGGAUGUCGAGGUGGAGAUGACCUUCGAUCCGCCCUGGACGCCGGACCGGAUGAGCGAGGAAGCGCAGAUCGCGGUGGGGCUCUACUGA